AUGGACAGAUAUCAGGUAUCUUACCAUAGCCCACCGUCAGAAGGAUCUAUUUAUGUGGAAUUGUUCAUGCUUAGUAAGAAUUUUGGUUUUUGAAACAAAGACUACUUUUUUUCAGGCGAGUUCGUGAUCAUCUUUAUUGUGAGCGUAUCAAUUCCUUGCAUAUUGCUAUAUAUAAGGUCCAAGAAAGACAACGAACGUCAUGAAAAAUACGUUUGAUUUUUUCUUUUUUAAAUAUUAUUGAUAAAAAAUCCAGAAGAACAUGAGUCAAGAGGCAAUGGAAUGGCAUAUAGAAAAAGAGAUACGUGCAGAGAAAAAGAAGAAAAAAGCAAGAAAGUCAACGAAAUCGUCAACAAAAUCUAAUUCGAAGCAAAAGACUACGACUACUUUAACCAAGACUUCGACCACUUCAGCCACGAAUGAAGUAGCCAAAAAUAAAAAUAAAAAUUGAAACGCCAUUGGACUUCAGGCACACGCUUCGUGUAUAAGCUCAAUUCGCCCUCCGGGACUCACAUCCGGCGAACCAUCUGAUACUUUAUUAUCAAAUCGUUUCAAAUAA